AUGGUGCUCUCAGUCGUUGAGAUUCCCGCUAAGUCCAAAUCUCCGACACUCAACGGUAAAGACGGCUACGUCCGCUUCAAAAGAUCGAGAAGGCUGGAGCACAAGGAAGAUGUGGCUUGUGCGAUCAAGAAGGGAAGUCACGUGAACACAAACAGUACAAACAUUGUACCUGACCGCCCGGACUGGAAGUGGGAUGGGAUGACUCCUCGCAUCGGGCUUGGCACAAUUUUUGUGGAUGAAAGCUUGCUGGACGGGACUUGUGAGCUCUGGGCGCCGUCGCUGACAGAGAAACUUGGGAACCUUUAA